AUAAGCGUAGCUGUAACAGGGCCGCGCAACGUUCUCGAAAUUUAUGUGGGUUUAUGUGCCUAUCUCAAGUUUGAAUAGAAACCUAUCGAGCUGCGUUCAAGACCAUGCAUGCGCGUGCUCGUUCAGACCGGCUCACUUUGUGAACUUAAGCACAAAUAUGAAACAAGGCGACACGGACACGCACGUAACCAUGAAGAAUGUUUUCUCAUGGAGACAUUUCACUAUUUUUGGGGUUGCUUUAAUGGUGUCAAUGUCCUACUGUGACGGUGGAAGGAUUCUGGUGUUCCCUGUGGAUGGAAGCCACUGGGUAAAUAUGAAAGUAUUGAUUGAAGGCUUGCACAACAGGGGACACAGUGUCACUGUCAUACGAUGGAAGAGCAGCUGGUACAUCACCGAAAAGUCUCCUUUCUACACAUCAAUCACCUUACAGGACAUGACUGGCAUGGAGCAGGACUUCUUUGAAAAGUUUUUGAGUGAAUAUCUGGAAGUGCAGCGAGGGAAGAAGUCACUGAUGACAUUGUUCACAUUGAAGAGGAACUUCCUUUCCAUGCUGUUUGAAGCACACAGAGCUGUGUGCAAGAUGGUUGGCCAUAUUCUGGAAAAUGAAGAGCUGACAAAACGGCUCCAGGAUGAUCAGUAUGACUUGCUUCUCACUGAUCCUGCUGUAGCAGGCGGGGUGCUCUUGGCCAAUUAUCUGAAGCUGCCGCUGGUGUUGAACGCUCGCUGGAUCACAAGCGGGGAGGGGCAUUUCGCAAUAGCCCCGUCACCGCUCUCCUACAUCCCAGUACCAGGAUCUGGGUUUUCUGAUAAAAUGAAUUUUGUUGAAAGGGUCAAAAAUAUAUUCUAUUAUGCCAUGAUCCUCUACCAGAAAAAGUUUGUUGUUGGGCCACAUUAUGAAGAAAUGUGUGAAAAGUACUUUGGUGCACCAUGUGACAUUGAAACCCUUAUACAGGCAGCUGAUAUAUGGCUCAUGAGGAAUGAUUUUGUGUUUGACUUUCCACGGCCCACCAUGCCCAAUGUGGUUUAUAUGGGAGGAUUCCAGUGCAAGCCUUCCAAGCCCCUUCCCCAAGACCUGGAGGACUUUGUUCAGAGCUCUGGAGAACAUGGUGUCAUUAUCAUGUCUUUAGGGACUCUGGUUAAGUAUCUCCCGAGUGAUAUAACUGAUGAUAUUGCCUCUGUUUUUGCCCAGUUGCCUCAGAAGGUAAUUUGGAGGCAUAUAGGAGACCGACCUUCAACCCUAGGAAACAACACACUAAUAGUCAACUGGAUGCCACAGAAUGACCUCCUUGGACAUCCUAAGACCAGGGCUUUUGUAGCACAUGGAGGAACCAAUGGAGUCCAAGAGGCUAUUUACCAUGGUAUGCCGGUGUUGGGAAUUCCAUUGUUCUUUGACCAAUAUGACAACCUCCUGCGGCUGAAGCACAGAGGAGCAGCCAAGAUCCUGGAUCUAGGAACUUUUGACAGGAGCGUCUUCCUCCAGGCCAUACAGGAAGUGCUUCAUGACCCGUCCUACAGGAUGAACAUGCAGAUGCUGUCCAGGCUGCACCAGGACCAGCCAAUGAAUCCACUGGACCGUGCAAUCUUCUGGAUCGAGUAUGUCAUGAGACACAAGGGUGCUGCUCACCUGCGCACUGAGUCCUACAAGAUGCCCUGGUACUCCUAUCACUCUGUGGAUGUGAUAGCAGUGUUGUUAGCUGCUGUGUUGCUCAUAUUGUUCAUCACUGUUGCUGGUAUUAAAUUUCUGUGCUUCCGAGUUUGUUUUAAAAGAAAGAUGAAACAUGAAUAAUGAAUCUCAUGUUGCCCCACAUAAAAGUAAACACUUUGCAUGUAUUCCAUUAAACAUAUUGAAGUGAUUAGAUAAGCCUCCAAUCCAAUCAUAGUGCAGAUAAUAAAGAACAACAAAAAAUAACAAUUGGCAUUGUAUUGAUGUGCCUGCAUAUGUUCUUUGCUGUGUACAAGGCAAAUGAUGGAACAGAAAGCAUAUGAUUUGAACAGAAACUUCACAUGAUUGUGUUGUAAUGAAACCCCCUAAAUCAUUCUGGUUUGGGAUGCUUUUGUUGCUAAUAAUUAAAAUUUAAGAAAUGCAUGUGUAGUAGUGUUAGUAUGCAACUAAUUUUUACAUUUAAAUGAAAAUGCCUCACAGUAAUUAAUGUAUGUAUCUCAAUAUACAUACCAAAAUGUAAUGAUCAUUUUUACCUAUUCUGUGUGUAUCUGCUUGUAUGCUGAAAACACUUGAAUUUGUCUUUAGAGGAACUUGAUAAAACCAGGGCAUUUUGCAGACAUAUGUAAGAAAUAGAAUUAAUUUCUAAUCUAUUCUAAGGCAUUUUCUACUCUUCUGUAUAUGGUGCUGUGAGAGGUUUCUUUUAGUUAACAGAGAUUCUCUCUUAAUGUUUCCGACUAGCAAUAUCCUGGCAUAUACCUUACAAUAUAUUUGAAUUUGAAACUGGACUUGGGAUGUAAGACUGCACUACAGUACAUGAUAUGUGUUAAAAGAUGUGAAAGUUCCAUUGAUUCAUUCAUGAGAUUUAGUGGGAAUAAUUUAGGCUGCUUUGGAAAGGUACUGCACCUCCUGGAAAAAGCUGGGACCUGUGUGAGGAACACCCAUUCCUUUGGCCUCCGAUUAAACAUCAGAUGUUUUUUUUUUUGCUCUGUUUCUAUUCCACCAUAUACUCAACAAAUUUUAUCAUGUAUCAAAAAUGCAUUUAUACAUAUAAAUGUUUUUUUAAGGUAAAUAUUGAGGUAAAUAUUUUUUGUUAUCUUUUAAUUUAUCCAUUGAAAAUUGUCUUUAAUACAUUUACUCCUA